AUCUUGAAGGCAAUUUAUUGCAAUUCGCGUAUACAAUACCACGUUCAAUGCAAGCGUAUAGUACUAGUUCAAUGAAAUUAUAAGGAUAUUAUAAACAAAUUUCAGAAGAAAAUUAUGUCCUACAAAUUGGCCCAUAGAGGAGAAUUCAAUGAUGGAGGAAGCUUCUGAAGCAAGAAUAGUAUUGCCAUUAAAAAAGAAUCAUAAUGGGAGUACAAAUCAUCUAUCUGUUACCUUUAAAUAAAACACAAGACUUUAGGAGUUGACUCCAGACCACACAGCAAAUUAUCUAUAAUUAAUGGGAUUUGAACUAUAGCUUCCUUGCAUUCCCCUAUAACCCAUCUUGUGACAAUUAAGAAUCAAAAUGUCAUUUCCAGAGUUGCCACUUAUUCUCAUAUUUCUGUGUUUUUUCUGGGAAAUCUUUGCCACCAACAUUCCUGCCACUCAUCCCCUGCCUGACAGUAUUGCCAUUUCCUGCGGUUCUCCGGGCAGUUGGUCCGCGCUCGAUGGGCGUGUCUGGAUGGGAGAUUCUGGACUCCAGUCCACCUUGUCACUGCAGAUCAAUGGCAAACCUUCCAACUCAAGAGCCAUCCACCAACUCGCUUCAUUCGAUUCUGUACCCUGCAAGACUGCUCGCGCAUCUCGCCACGCAUUCAGUUACGUCUUCCGAGUCAAGCCCGGACAGAAAUUCAUCCGCCUGCACUUCUAUCAAGAUUCAUACAAGGGCUUCAGGAAGUCAGAACCUUUGUUCACUGUUAAAGCAGGCCCUUACACACUCCUCACCAACUUCAGCACUGCUGAUGCUUUGGGAGCAAAACACAUCAUCAAAGAGUACUGUGUCAAUAUCGAUGAUGGCCGGGCUUUGACUAUAUCAUUUUUCCCAGCUCAGGGGAAUAAAAAAUCAGAUGACUUCUAUGCCUUUGUCAAUGGCAUUGAGGUUGUCUCCAUGCCGACUGGUCUUUACUUCACACCUGAAGGGGAGUUGGGCGCUCUUGUUGUCGGCCACAAUUACAGAUUCUACAUAGAUAACAGCACAGCACUCGAGCUGAUUCAACGAUUGAAUGUUGGAGGAACCACCACCUCGCCAGCUCAAGAUUCCUGCCUGUUCCGCAGAUGGGACGAAGACUCCAACUACUUGCUCGAAACAGGUGCUCUUCCUGCCAAUACUUUAGCUACAGUUAGAUAUGCAGACAUGUUAACAUAUAUUGCACCGAUUAAAGUCUAUCAAACGGCAAGGAUAGUGCUUGCAGACACUAAUUUGAGUGCCAGUAGUCUUACAUGGAAACUACCAGUGCAAUUAGGAUUCAGAUACCUAAUUAGGCUCCAUUUUUCCAAGUUUGAACAGCAGACGGCGGAGAGUACCAACAAGCACUUCUCUGUUCUCAUCAAUGAUCAUAUUGCUGAGGACAAUGCCAAUAUUAUUCAAUGGAAUGGAGUAUCUGGAGUCGCAGUCUAUAGAGACUAUAUUGUGAUGAUAGAGGGAGAUAAAAUGGAGGGGAAGCAUUACCUUACCAUCACCUUCCAGCCAAAGUUUGAAGCAAGAGAUGAAAAAUUCCAUGGCAUAUUGAUUGCCUUAGAAGUUUUUAAGCUGAGCAACCCCGACAACAAUCUAGCAGGAACAGGGCCAGUUUCUGAGUUGCAGCAUUCAAAAUCAACACCACAUCACAAGAAAUCAAAAUCAAGUUACCAUACAAACUUGAUCUCGACUGUCCUCACAGCUGUACUAGCCUUACUGAAUGUUGCAGUUUACAACCUGAGAAGAAUUUUGGACUCUAGUUCCAGAAGGAACAUGAGAUCAUCCUCGAUGGAAGAUCAUCGAUGCCGUCGGUUUUCAAUUGAAGAAAUCCGUUUGUCAACCAACAGUUUUGAUCCUCAGUUUCAAAUUGGCAGUGGUGGAUAUGGCAGAGUUUAUAAAGGCAGCAUCGACAGUGGGGCUACUGUCGUAGCAAUCAAGCGACUGAAAACAGAUUCCCGGCAAGGGGAGACUGAGUUUCGGGCUGAAAUCAAGAUGCUGUCCAAGCUCAGGCAUGUGCAUCUUGUUUCACUGAUUGGUUACUGCAAUGAUGGUGAAGAGCGGAUUUUGGUUUACCCGUAUAUCACCAAGGGAACACUUGCUGACCAUCUCUACAAAGCCAAGAGACAUGGAAGGGCUAAUCCUCCACUUCCAUGGGAACUUCGACUCAAAGUCUCAAUUGGUGCUGCACGUGGCCUAUAUUAUCUUCACUCUCGGCAUAGGAUCAUACACAGGGAUGUGAAAAGCUCAAACAUUCUGCUGGAUGAAAAUUGGGUUGCCAAGAUCUCAGAUUUUGGGCUAUCCAAAACGGGACCAGCAAAUGAUUCAUUCAGCCAUAUUAGUUCAAAUGUCAAAGGAACAUUGGGAUACGUAGAUCCAGAGUACUUCUUAACUGGUAAACUUACGAGAAAAUCAGAUGUCUAUUCAUUUGGAGUGGUUUUAUUUGAAGUUCUGUCUGGAAGACCUGCAGUGGACAUAAGGCUUCACGAGGAGCAACACAGCCUAGCUGGAUGGGCUCGAUAUUGCAUACGAGAGGGAAAAGUGGAUCGACUCAUUGACCACAGCUUGAUGGAGCAGAUUUCACCUGCUUGUUUAAGAGUGUUUGUUGGAAUUGCAGGCAGAUGCUUACACACUCAGCCCCAGGGAAGACCAGCAAUGGCAGAUGUAGUGAUGGGCCUUGAAUUAGCUUUGAAUUUACAACACACCACAGAUCCAACAGAACUGGAGAUAGAGGUGGAAAAUGCUGGAAGAACUUACAGCGAUAGAGUUAUUUCUAUGGAUGACAUAAUUCUCCCAAAGGGAGAAUCGGAUAAGAAUAUCAGUGAAGAUAAUCCCAGCUACAGUACAACUAACGGAGGCAGUGAUCAGAAGAAUGGAAAGAAGAAGGCCAAGGACAAUGGUUCAAACAAUAAUUUCACACAAAGAUGGUGGUGGGACCCAUUUGGGAUUUUACCAAGACAGCCAUCAAAGUCAAGAGCUCCACAACAACAGCCAAGUGAGGUAAUCCACCAGUUUUCCCUCCAGGAGAUUCAGAAAGCCACGAAUAAUUUCCACAGCAGUCUCAUGAUUGGCUAUGGAGGAUUGGACAAUGUAUAUAAAGGAUACAUAGAUGGUGGAAAAAAAACUGUAACAAUCAGAUGCUCAAGAGCUGCCGAAUCCAGAGUAUCCAUGGCAAAUGAGCUGCAAACAAAGAAAGAGAUUCAAAUGACAUCUUCACCAGCUCAAGAUCAUGUUGCCUCUCUGAUAGGGUAUUGCGAGACGGAAUCAGACAUGAUUCUUAUGUACGAGCACAUAGCAAAUGGGACACUCUAUGAUCAUCUGCAUGAUGCUUCAAAGGAUCCCCUUCCAUGGAAGCGAAGACUUCAAAUCUGCAUUGGAGCAGCUCGGGGUCUAAGAUACAUUCAUUCCACAGUCAAGCAGGCAAUGCUUCAUCGUGACUUGAAGUCAACCAACAUCUGGUUAGAUGAGAACUGGACUCCCAAGGUUUCCGGAUGGGGUUUGUCCAAAAAGAAGGGAAACAAUCAGGUGCAGUCAAUUAUCAGGAGUAAAUGGGGGCAUUUGGAUUCAGAUUACGUACGUGGAGAACAGUUAACAGAAAAGUCCUGUGUCUACUCGUUCGGUCUGAUUUUGUUUGAGGUGCUGUUUGCUGAAAAAGAAUCAGACCGCUGGUUCGAUGAGGAUCAAGUGAUUCUAGCCCAGUGGAUUAAGUCGUGCAUGGGGACUAACCUUCCUGGUUAUAUUGAUCCCUUUCUAGUUGGGAGAACAGUGCCAGAUAGCUUAAAGAUAUUCUUAGAAGCUGCUGACAGAUGUCUACUGGAUUAUGGAAUCGACCGGCCAUCAAUGACAGACAUAGUGGCAAGACUCGAGGCCGCUUUACAGCUCCAAGAAGCAACAGAAGCUAUUAAGGGGAUCCAACCCCGAAGGAACUGACCUAGAGUAACCCAUGUGGGACAUUUUUGCAAGCAAGAGGAUCAAGAAUGCUUCAAUGUGCCAACACGAGUCAAAUGUAGUUCAGGGCUCUAACGUCCCCAUUUUUGUUUUAAACUAGUUAAAAUAACUUUGUGUGUGUACUAUAGCAAAAUGUUUCAUGUCAAGAAUGGACCCAAAGAGAUAGAAUAGAUGAUGGCACAUAUCCUUAUCUCAUGCAAUAUGCUAUUGUAUCAAUCUCAAAUUUUAUGUCUAAUGGUUUUCAAAUAUUCAA